AUGACUGAUAAAAGCUGUAUGGGAAACAUGUCGAUAUCGUAUAAGAAAACAGCUUUAUGUGUAAAGGAGGAAUCUAGUGAUGGGACAGGGUUCUUUAGGUCUGUGUCCUUUAUUAUGACCAAGAGGGAUCUCUUUAUAUUAGGUGUGCCUGUCUACAUAGACAAGCCAAAUGACUUGAUGACUCGUGUAUACAACACCAGCAACCUUUUGUAUUAUACCUGUGAAGAAGCAGCAAAAGCAAAACUCAAAGCAUACAGUAACAUCAACAACGGUUUGAAAAUUGGAAUAGGUUUCGAAUCAUCAAAAAAAAAUACGCUAACACUAUUUCGUUUCAAGCGGAAAGAAAUUGGAAAAAAGGACACUUUAAUUAUUCCUAGAAUUGUUAUCAUUAAUGCUAGGGGCAUUUUGAAAAAUUCAGCGCACCGUUUAACCCAAUACGAAAAUCUUAUCACAAUGUUUGAUGAUAUAGCUUUGAUAAUGAUUACGGAUCUACACCAAUGA